UAGCCUGAGCCUGGACUUCCUGUGUUUGGACCGGGUAAUGGUUAAGAAGGAAAGUCACCGCAGCUAGGGGCGCUUACACCUGUCUGCACCUCCUGGUUUAUAGCCUGGGCACUGACUGGAUAGGGCCACUUGGCAAGGAACUUCCUGUUCCUGGGUGAGGAGUGUCCAGUCAGAAGUGUUCCUGUAUUUCUAUAGAGAGCAGCCAGAAGCCAGGAAGCCCUGUGUGAACGAGAUACAGAGAUUUACCUGCCUGAGGUAAGGAAGAUCAUGCUGAGAUGGAGGGCAGCUGGAGAGAUGUCCUGGCUGUGCUGGUCAUCCUGGCUCAGCUGACAGCCUCCGGAUCCAGUUAUCAGAUCAUAGAAGGUCCUCAGAAUGUAACAGUCCUAAAGGGCUUAGAGGCUCGCUUCAACUGCACCGUGACUCACGGCUGGAAGCUUCUCAUGUGGACUCUUAACCAAAUGGUGGUGCUGAGUCUCACCACCCAAGGACCCAUCAUCACCAACAACCGCUUCACCUAUGCCAGUUACAACAGCACUGACAGCUUCAUCUCGGAGUUGAUCAUCCAUGAUGUGCAGCCCAGUGACUCGGGAUCCGUGCAAUGCAGCCUGCAGAACAGCCAUGGGUUUGGAUCUGCCUUCCUCUCAGUGCAAGUCAUGGGGACCCUGAACAUUCCUAGCGACAACCUUAUAGUCACUGAGGGUGAACCCUGUAAUGUGACUUGCUAUGCCAUGGGCUGGACCUCACUCCCGGAUAUUUCCUGGGAGCUUGAGGUUCCCGUAAGCCAUUCGAGUUACAAUUCCUUUCUGGAGCCGGGCAACUUUAUGAGGGUCUUGAGUGUCCUGCACCUCACACCACUGGGCAACGGGACCUUGACUUGUGUGGCAGAGCUGAAGGACUUGCAGGCCAGCAAGUCCUUUACCGUCAACCUGACUGUGGUUCAGCCUCCACCUGACAGUAUUGGAGAGGAAGGCCCAGCACUGCCGACCUGGGCCAUCAUCCUGCUGGCAGUGGCCUUUUCCUUGCUCUUGAUCCUGAUCAUUGCUUUGAUUAUAAUAUUCUGUUGCUGUUGUGCCUCCAGGAGAGAAAAGGAAGAAUCUACUUAUCAAAAUGAAAUAAGGAAAUCUGCAAACAUGAGGACAAACAAAGCAGAUCCUGAGACAAAGUUAAAAAGUGGAAAGGAAAACUAUGGGUACAGUUCGGAUGAAGCAAGGGCUGCACAGACUGCAUCUCUCCCUCCUAAAUCUGCUGAAGUCAGCCUUCCAGAAAAACGCAGCAGUAGCCUUCCUUAUCAGGAACUCACUAAACAUCGGCCCGGUCCAGCAACUCAUCCACGGGUUUCCUUUGACAUCGCCAGUCCUCAGAAGGUCAGAAAUGUGACUUUAGUGUAAUAAAGACUUCUCAUGGCAGUACUUGGUGCACACCCACCAAGUCAAUGCCAUUCUCUUCCGUAUCCUGAGACUGGGUCUCAGUUUUGCCAAGGAGUCUGCAUCGGAGUCACCGGAGCUGAUGGUUAAUAGUGACAGGAGGAAUCAGUUUCCCUGUAUUCCAAGAAGUAUUUGGUUUUGAGAUGUGUCAUGGUUUUGGUGAAUUCCUCAAGGUGGCCGAGUAAAACCCGAGUGUCUGUCAUGGUGGCAUUCCUCAUGACUUGACACUCCUGCCGAUCCAAUGAAGGGCAGAUAUAGAUUCUGCCACGACCUUCAAAAUCCUUCUGUUGUCUGAGAUCAUGGUAAUAUGGUCUUUAUGUGUACUUCGCAGCUAGGGACAUUACUGAACAUUAUUACAGAAACAAGAGCCUAACAGCUAGACUCAACUGCAUCUUGUAAGUAACUGGCAGCUGGAGCUCAGGGAUGCAGUAAGACAAGAGGCAGUGUCAGCACACAUGUCCCAAUGCUCUCUGCAAGACAGUCAUCCCCAUGUGCGCCCUGAUCCUCGUCACCACAGUUGUGGGUGAAUUAGGCGUGGAUUCUGCCUGAUGAGGGACAAAGCUCACAUUCUGCCAGCAUCAUGAAAGAACUGGAGAGAGACAUAUACUAUUUAAUAAACAAAAGCCAAACACCUUG